AUGGCUUCUGAUAUGGAUAAACAUGUCUUGCAGUGGCUUGAUGAUGGCAAUGAUGACUGUGUUGAUGAUCCUGACUUCUCUUGCAGUUCUAAAUCACAUGAUAGCAGUGCAUCUAACAUAAGUGACCAAGACAACAAUGAGGUUUCAUACGUCAGAGAUUCAACUAACAAUGUAGUGUUGUCAUCAAAGAUAGAUGCAAUGUUCAGACCUCGAAAGGCUAUGCCAAACGUGGUAAUUCCAGCUGUAUUAGCAAAAUUGGAUGGGAGUGCUUCAGAACUAGACGUCUUUGAGAAAAUAUUUACUCCCAGUCUUUUUAUAUUUAUCUCUCAGUGUAUGAGUCAGAGACUACAAAUGAUAAAGAAAACCACAAUUCAGAGCACAGACCCUGGAGAAAUUAGAGAUAGGUGCAAAGUGUUACUUUCUAAACUGUACUUGAAUUUCCCUGAGAAACCAGACACAGCUGGUAAGCUUUACUACCUAGAGUCAAUAGUCGCUUGUCUGAGAAACACUUUUCAGAAAGCCAAGUCGGAAAGUACAGCACAAAGCAUUGACAGGUCUAUGGUAAAGUUCAAAGGAAGGUCAGCCUUGAAACAAUACCUUCCUAUGAAGCCAGUGAAGCAUGGGAUAAAGAUAUGGAUGAGGAGUGAUUCUGUAACAGGCUACACAUGUGACUUCAACAUAUAUUGUGGAAAGGAUGCAAAUAAUUUGGAUGGCACAUUGGAUUUUUUUACAUCAAUUUGUUUGAUGGAUACCUUGCCAUUUGCAGCUGUUGGUACAUGUAUGGCUAACAGGAAAAAUGUGCCAAAGUUAACAAAGAAACUUGCUCGGAGGGAAUGUGAGUUCCUUUGCAAUUUGUCUGGUACGUUGUGGUGUAAAUGGCAGGACACCAUAGAAGUAAUGUUGGUCAGUAACUGUCAUUCUAAUGAUGUAUGUACAGUGAACAGAAAAGCAAAAGAUGGAUCUAAAUUGGUUGUAGAAUGUCUAGUGGCACUGAAAACUUAUAACGAGUAUAUGGGUGGCGUGGACUUGGCUGAUCAGAUGAGUACACUGUAUGAUUUAGACAGAAAAUCUGAUAAAUGGUGGAAGAAAGUGUUCUACAAACUGUUGCUAACUAUUGUUGUAAAUGCCUGGAUUUUACAAAAGGAAAUUCAACACAAGACAGUGCCACUAAAACAUUUUCUAGUGAACCUAGCAGAGCAGAUGAUUGCCAAGGGACAAAAGACUGCCAAGGUACAGCGGAAAUACUCAACUGGGCGUCCUUCUAAGAGAGCAAGAGAAACAUACGUGAAAGGUAGAUUACAGUGUACAGAAAUUAUAGUUGAGAAUGGAGAUAUAUUGGAGAGUAGACAAUCAAGAAUUUUUUAA